UGCGUAUGUGUGUGUUUAAAUGCUGUAACACUGCAGCUGUUGUACUUGUCUCUUGUAUUGUGACAUGAACAACUCGAGGAAACAAAAGUUUCCGUAACUGGAAAAAACACAAAGGAAUCUGACAGUUAUGGAUCACGAUGUACGGGCGACGUCCAAAUUGUAAUUGUUUCAUAAUGACUGUUACAGUAAUAGUUGUGUGUCUUCCAUUAGUGAGAUCAUCAAAUGACACACUCUCUCUCUUCCGCAAGGUAACGACUGAUCAGAGAGCAGUUUAAGUCGGGGGACAAGUUUUGAUGCAGCGGAAGAAACACCCUCCAACCACACCUUCCUCCUGCAUCAUCACCUAUAAGCCAUAGCGCUGAUGUCUCCUGAUUUAAAACCUUCCCUCAAGCUUCACAGACACAGAGAAGCAGAAUCUGCCAACAAAGAAGUUUCCUGCUGCGCAACACUUGACUUUUACAGCUCAGAAUGGAAGGUGUCUUCAUCCUGCUGGUGGCGGCGCUGGUCGUUUGUGUCCAAGGAACGUCUCAUUUGUCCUUUUCCAACAACACUGAGCAGGUGGACAUCACUCUCGCCGGCUGCGGAGCCACUAAAGUGUGCGUGUCGACCCCAGACAACUGCGACCCCGCCGGGCAGAGCGCCUGUCUGUUCAUGUCCAGGACCACCAGCCCCACGGCGGCCAACGUGGUCGUCGAACUCCGAGGAGACUCCGGCGGGUACAUCGCACUGGGCCUCAUUGCAAAUGCCUCGCAGGGAACCACCAUGCUGUUUGUUUGCGCUGCAAACACAACAAGCAACGGGGCGAUCUUCUUCAGGACGUUGCAGAAGAACAACACCGACGAAGCGCUCAUUCCCACGGAGACGAGGGUGAAAGAAAUCCGCGGCACGGUGGAUGGAACUGUGAUCAAGUGCGAGUUCAACAUAGAGUCCCUGAACGCCUCCGACAUCUUCAACGUCCUCCUCGGGACCGGAACGGUUACUGCUGGUGUCGGACCCUUCGAAGUCGCCCUGAACGUGGCCGACGGCGUCGCAACCACACCACCACCCACCACUAUGCCCACCACCACUAUGCCCACCACCACUAUGACCAACACCACUAUGACCAACACCACUAUGACCAACACCACUAUGACCAACAGUGGUGGAGCUGUCCGGCCUCAUGCUGUGCUGCUCCUGCUGAGCGUCCUCACACUGUCGGUCAUGCUGAGAGCCUGAGAGGACGAAUAACAUGACGACGGUGUCAAGCUAUGUAUAAAAUGUUCUUACUGCACUUUAUUAGACAUGUUUUAACCUUUUAACUUGGUUUAUACUUUAAGAUGAAACUCACUUGUUUUAGUGACUAUAUAAUUACUUUUCUGCAGAGGACUAUAUAUAUAUAUUUAAUUAAUUACAGUUUUUCCGUUUGUCAACGUUUCCUCCUAAACUUGCCCGUCAGGCUCUGCAAGCUAUUUCUGGUCUGAGUUUGAGCCGUUUCUUGGCAGAAAACCUCAAAUCACAAACAUCCAUGUGGGGAAAACCCAAAAUGUUUUUAUUCUGAAAUGUACUGUGACUGUAAAAUAGCUGUUCAUGGGACAAUGAAAGAUUUCCAUAUGUAUAUAUUAAUAAUAAAGUUGGAACUAUA